AUGUAUUCAUCUUCAACUGAAUUUCUAAUACGAUUCAACGAUUUACAAUUUACAAUUCACUAUUCAGAUUUAGCGAUUCAGAUUAAGGGAUUCACGAGUGUCACCCAUAAUGAUGAAGUUGACACAACUGUCGUUUUACCAUUUAUAUAUGAAGAUCUUGAUGGAAUUGAGUUUGCGAGAGGUGAUCCAACUUCAAAAUGGAGUUCCAUUAGAGCUUCUAUGGGACACCUGGAGCCAUUUAACAUGAAAUAUGUUGUUGUUGGAAACGAGGGUUGCGGAAAAAAUAACUAUCUUGGAAACUAUUUGAAAUUCUAUAUUGAGAUAAGACGCGCUUAUCUAUAUAUCGAAAUUAUCUCAAACUAUAAUGGUUCUUCAACGCCUCUAGAUCACCCUGCCGAUAUGUAUGAUUAUCGUAUUUAUACAAGCGCGAAUGACAUGUUUUCUAGGGUUACAAUAUUUAACCAAGUAACACGAAAUGGUCCAAAGACAUUUGUAAGUGAGUAUGCGGUGACUAGAAAGGAUGUUGGGCAAGGAAGUCUUUUGGUAGCCCUAGCUGAAGCCGAGUUCCUUAUUGGACUGGAAAAUAAUAGGUUUAGUGAAGUUUCUUAUUAA